AAAGCAUGUUGUCUAUCUUUCUUUCUCUCUUUCUUUCUCUCUCUUUCUCUCUCUUUCUCUCUCUCUCUCUCUUUUUUGCCACAUACUCCUUCAGUGUUUAAUAUUCAUUGUAACAUUAAUUUUAAUUUAAUUUUAUCAUAAAUAUCCAAUGAGCAAUCAUUCUAGUACUUUUCAUACUUUAAAAGCAAAAAUACAAUCUGUGGAAUCAAUGGGCAUGUUAAAGAAAAAGAAAAUGAUCACAAAAAACUUGAGUGAUCUAUCUGAUCAUUUAAACAGACCUCAUGAACCACUGCUUAAAUCCACACCUUCACUUUGGUCUGUUCAAGAUCAAACAGUCUUGCUUAAACGACUAUCGACUCAAAGUAUACAUAGUCUGGCUUCUUCUGUGACAACGACUACUUCCUCCUGUGGAUCUUCUAAAUCAACCCGUCGUCGGUUUUUUGUACUUCAGGAACUCUUGAUGACUGAAAAGAGUUACUUGUCAGAUAUGCAAUUAGUGCAAGAGAUCUAUAUGGAUGAUACUGUGUUCACCAGAUUUGAAUUAAAGCAGAUAUUUAUCAAUUUGCCAGACAUGAUUCAACUCAGUCAUCAGUUAAUUCAGCUACUGGAAGACUCGGACAUGGCUGUUGGUUUUAGUUAUAAUAGCAUGAUGAAACAAAUAGAACAAACGUAUGCAGAGUUUUGUAAAAAACACCAAGAUGCUAUACACAAAAUACAAGACUUGACCAAGACACAAACAACCAUACAUGCAUUUUUAAAGCAAUGCAAUCAAACAAUACAAGGACAAACCACUUGUUGGGACUUGGAGAGUCUGUUGAUUAAACCAGUACAGAGAGUACUCAAAUACCCACUCUUGUUAAAAGAGAUUGUUCAAUUGACACCCAAGCAUCAUUCAGAUUACAACCAACUUGUCGUAGCAUUGCAUGAUAUUCAACAAGUAGCAGACAACAUCAAUGAAAUCAAACGAAGAAAGGAUUUGGCGGAACAACUCAUACACAAUAAAGAUCGAAGCAAUGUCAUACAACACAUCAAUAAGAAGUUGAGUCGAAGAAAAAAGAUAUCACAUACACAAGACACUCAAUUUGAUAAUUUGUAUCAACAGUUUGAAGCAAGGCAAGAAAUGGCUCGAGAAUUAGAAUAUAGUGUACAAAAAUGGAUAUUAGACACAAGAAACAGUAUACAAUCCUUGUCUCGACUUGUGCAGGAUUUAGAGGCUGUGUAUGGCGAUUCAGAUGGCAUUGGACUGAGAAGUAUGAAAGCAUUUAGAAAACUCGUUUCUCGUUUAGAAUCUUAUCCAUUGGAAACACACGUACAAGAAAAAGUAUACCGACAAAUAGAAUCUUAUCUUAAGUUGUUUAAAAACCCAUACCAUGUCAUUCAAAAAAGGAAUCAAGCCCUAAGUGAUUAUGACCGUACAUUUCAUUCCAAAAGAACAACGGCUGAUCACAAACAAGUUUCAUUUCAAGUCUAUACAUCACUGAAUGCGACACUGGUGGAUGAAUUACCUCAAUUUCUUCAUUUGUCCAGUACUUACUUUCAAACUGUGCUUGAUGCAUUUACUCAAGUACAAGCGUUAUUUUGGCAAUAUCAACGCACUGAAUGGAAAAUGUUGACCAUUGAAUUACCAUUUGGAGAAAGAUACAGCUGGCAAUCGAUAGAAUCAGACUACCAAAAAAGCUUAGUAAGAGUUCAGAAAUACAUCAAUGACAUUAUUAUUUUACGAAUGUUCGAAGAUCAGCAACGAUAUGACAGUGGAUAUGAACCCUUCAACAAGUCAUCUUCUAUGCAUAGUGCAUUGGAUCAAGGUAUUACAAUAGCAGCGCCCAAACUACCGCCAUUAUUGAAAAAUUCCCCGCACGACUACUUGUUGUUCUCUGAGCCUGUAUUUCAAUGCAUUGCACUUGCUGACUAUGAAUCACCUGAAAAGCUUUGCAUAAAAAAGAAUGAUUUAAUUCAGAUUUGGCUGCCUCCUGUGCAUGCAAUAGGAAUGAGCUGUGAACAAGAAGAAUGGUGGUAUGGUAGUUUGGUUGGUUCCAAUGCUUCCAUGUAUGGCUGGAUACCCUCUGCUAUCUGUAGAAGAGUGUAAAUAAACUAGUGUAACAUACUUUCAACAUGUC